ACAGUAUGUUUUUUCCCCUUCUUAAACUAAACAUCCGGCGGUUUGUUGUUCGGUUGAUAUCUAGCCAAGUGAUAAACUACAGAUUAAGGACAGUUGUAUGGUGAUGGAGGGGGAACAACCUCAAGAGGACUGCGCCCAACCCCAGCCCUCCGCGUCCUGCUCCAAGAAGCCAGACAAGCCCCUCAACCAGCCCAAGAAGAAGCAGGACGGCCCCAAAGAUAAGGCCCAAACCCAGGGAGACGGCAAACCAAAGCCCAGGCCUCGCUACACGGACAAGGCCCGAAAGAAUGCCAAGAACAAGAAGGACAAAGGAGGGAAGAUGGGAGGAGAGGGGAAUGGAGUCCUAAACGGUGAGGCCAAACUGGAGGAGACGGUAGAAGAAGGAGGAGGCGACGCGGGGCCACAGAAUGACGGACAGGCUGCUACAGCCAACCAGGGAGGAGAUGGAGAUGUGGGUUCGCGACUGGAGACGGGGAGCAAGAGUUCUCCGUCUGAGAGAGAAGGGAGAUCCCGGGAGGGGAUAGAGUCAGGCCCUCAGGAAGAGGAGGAGGAGGAGAGCUGGGAUGCUCUCUUUGAUGACGAAGGAGAGUGUUUGGACCCCCAUGUGCUAGAGGAGCUGGCCAUAAAGCAGGGCAGGAAGAAGCGGCCGGUGCAGGAGGCCAGGUUUGACUACUACAGCUUGGAUCAGGAGAGAGAGGGGGACGAUGACACUGAGCUCAGGGAGGAUGAGCUGUCUAACAUCAUAGAAAUCUACGACUUCCCCACAGAGUUUAAGACUGAAGACCUGGUCAAAUCCUUCCAGGCCUACCAGCAGAGAGGCUUCGACAUCCAGUUUGUGGACGAUACACACGCCCUGGCUCUCUUCAACAGCCCCAUAGCAGCUCGGGAGGCUCUGAAGACCAAGCACCCGCUGUUGAAGGUCAGGUCUCUGGCUAAAGCCUCCGUCACCACCAGGGCCAAGGCUCGCAGCUGCUCAGACUACCUGCUCCCUACUAAGGAGCGUCCCCAGACCAGUGCAGUGUUGGCCCGCAGGCUGGUGAUGGGGGCGCUGGGUGUCAAGAGUCCCCAGAGCAAAGAGCACCGUGAAGCAGAGAGAAAAAAACUGCAAGAUGCCAAAGAGCAGAAGCGUCUGGCAGCUAAACAGAGAGACGACGCCUGGGAAGGGAAAGCCUGACGGAGAGGAACCACUUCCUGGCUUCUGCCUUCCAUCCCAUCCUCCCUUCACUGUAGGGACUAGACACACCUCUGCCCUCCAUCCCAUCCUCCCUUCACCGUAGGGACUAGACACACCUCUGUUCCCUCUGUUCCCUCUGCCCUCCAUCCCAUCCUCCCUUCACCGUAGGGACUAGA